AUGGACACUUCUACGUCAGCCAGUGCUCCUCCGGUUCAAGAGGCUAGCCGCAAUGGAGCAAAAGCAAGGUCGCACAGCCCCGAGAUUGACGUGGAUAACAUUAAAUCGGACUGUUCGUCGCCGGUUAAGCUGGAGAAGCAGGAUGAAGUGGGCGAGCAUCCCCCUGUGACACGAGCCAUACUAGAGGUACAUUUGCUUGCUGGCACUAGCAGUCCAUUCUCGAAUUCAGAUGUUGCAGACGACUUCUUCGCCCACCAGUCGGUACCGUACCACAAGCAGCACUUCCGAGGGAACAGAGAACCUCAUAGCGACGCUUUCCGCGUGGGACUGGGUGACCAUAGACGGACUGAAGCUUCCAGCAGUUACUAGGAACAAGGAGAGAUACGUGGCAGUGCACAUGGUCCAGCUAAAGCUUCUGAGCAAAUUUCCGCCGGAUAUCCCUCGGGAGAUCAGUCAGAAGUUCACGAUGGGUUCGCAUAAAAUGACAUUAGCAGAGGCUUGGACGUUCAAUUCGAUCAAUGCGAUCAUCAGAAAGUUCGACCUCGGAUGCCAGUUGUUCACUGCGAACGACGAGCUCGUCAAACUGAACGACGUUCAAAUGUUCUACUGGAAUGUGAAGUUGUUCAAUUUGAUGAGAGUCAAUUCGCAAUACGAGUCGAGUAUAUCAGCCGCAGACAAUAAUAUUCAGUUGUUGGCGACGGCGACGCAGCUGAAGAAGCAAGUGGAAAGCGAUAUUCAGGUGAAUUUGAAGUUAUUGUGCGCCUAACUCACUUUCCGAUUUUAGGCGGUCCGGGCAGAACUGAACCGACUUGAGAAGAAUUACGCAGUUGGUAAGUCUCCACAAUCAGAUAUUUGUUGUCUCAUUACUUCGUUUUGCAGGUAACAUUGUUCAUGAGGAAGCCGCUUUGCAGCCAGCAACAAAGAAAAUUAUAUAUUCAAGAACAUGA